AUUAUUUUAUUUUAGUUUCUAAAUUAUGAAGAUUUUUUUUAGAACUUUCUAAAUUGUGAAAAGAGGAAUGUUAAUCAUAAUAUUUUAGUUAAUCUCUAUGUCCGAAAUUAUAUGUUGGAAUAUUUUUUUUAAUUUUAUUUCAUAGGUAUUUGUUAUAGUUAUAGUUAUAGUAUCAUUCCUGUAAAUGGUAAAUUUUUUUGAUUAGUUUAGAAUACUAAAAAUAGAGUUUUUAAUAUUCUAAUUUACCACGCGUGUUUAAAAAAAAAUUAAAUCUAUUUUCGACACGGUAAAUUAUUUAAAAUCUUUUAAAAAUUUACAAGAAUGAUGUUAUAAACAUAACGAACACCAUCAUGAAUUUUUUUUUUUAAAAAAUAUAAUCACGUGUAUUUUCUAGUACGAAGAUUAACUGAAAAAUUAUAAUAGAAAGUUAACGGUAUCACUUCUCAAACAAAUGAAUACAUUAAAGAAUUUGAAAACUGAAGGAAAAAAUGUGACUUCUAAUUUACAAAAAAAAAAAGUAGUAAAUAGUGAAUAGAGUUUUAAAAGAGCCAAAAGAUGAUGUUUAAAAGGUACCCAAAAGAAAAAAAUUUGAAGUUGUUUGCCAAAAAUGUCACUUUACAGAAAAAAAGAUAAGAAAAGGGUCACACUAAGAAUAAUAUGAAUUUUGUGAAUUUCAUUAAAUCACUCACUCCAUGCAUAUGAAAAUUAAAAAUCUUUUUUGAGAAAAAAAAACCAACCCAAAUUAAUAAAGAUGUGAUUUUUAAGGAAUAGGAGGAUGAAACAAUGAGUUAGGAAAAGGAAAGUUUGAAACUUGUAACUUAUAGAGUCCAAAGCCACGUGGCACCAUGGCAGAGCUGCUCAUAGAAAACUGAUCCCACCACUACCAACGCUCCUCUCUUCCUCUCCUUAAUUCGAAAUCUCAGCACAAAGCGCGAAAUUUGAAGCAAAAAAAAGUAAAAGAAAAUAAAAAACAAAUCUUUAACUAUUAUUAUUAUUAUUAUAUUACUUGUUUGAAUUCUUUGUUAAUCUCCAAGUCUUCUUCUUUCUCUGCUCAGAGAGAGAGAGAGAGAGAGAUUCAGAUAUGAAGAAGGGUAGUAGUAGUAGUAAUGGUGGUAAUAGGAGAAAUGCCCAACAAGUGCUUUUCGAUCUGAAACACAGAGUGGUAGUUGCAUUGAACAAGGUUGGUGAUAGAGAUACUUACCAACUUGGUGUAGAUGAGCUUGAAAAGACUGCUCAUUCACUAACCCCAGAUGGGAUUUUUCCAUUUCUGUCUUGUAUUCUUGAUACUGAUUCAGAACACAAGAUUUCUGUUCGUAAAGAAUGUGUUAGACUCAUGGGGAGUUUGCUUAGAUACCAUCCUCCACAACUUAUUUCACCCCAUCUUCCUAAAAUGGUUAAUACCCUUUUGAAGAGGCUUAAGGAUCCUGAUUCUGUUGUUAGAGAUGCUUGUGUUCAGACUGUUGCUCUUAUGGCUUCUAAGUUUAGUGAUAUUGAUAGUGAUGGUGAUGGUGAUGUGGAUGGGAGACUCUUUGUUACUCUUGUUAGACCUCUUUUUGAAGCUCUUGGUGAACAGAAUAGACAGGUGCAAUGUGGGAGUGCUUUGUGUUUGGCUGCUGUUAUUGACAACACUCAUAAUCCACCUGUUUCGCUUUUGCAUAGGAUGUUGCUUAGAACCACUAAGUUGCUUAAGAAUCCUCAUUUUAUGGCUAAACCUUCCAUUAUUGAGUUGAAUAGGAGCAUUAUACUGGCUGGAGGUGCCCCAACACAAAACAUAUUAGUAAGUGCAAUGGGCAGCAUUCAAGAAUCUCUGAAAAGCAAUGAUUGGUCAACAAGAAAAGCUGCUUCUUUAGCACUAGCAGAGAUAGCUUCAAGUGGAGCUUCUUUCUUAGGAUCCCUUAAGCCUUCAUGUGUAAGAUCUUUGGAGUCAUGUCGUUUCGAUAAGGUCAAGCCUGUUAGGGACACUGUCUUACAUGCCCUUCAGUGUUGGAAAACUCUUCCAGGUUCUCAUACUCCUCAACCUUCUGAAACUGGUUCUUCAAUUAAAGAAAAUUAUUGUGGUGAUGAGUACAGUGAUCUAACAAGUGGUGGAGAAUUGGGUUGGAAAGAUGUUGCUCCUAAGAAAGUAAAUAGUUCAGGUUCAAGCUCUACCAAGGCAAGGAUUCCUUUGUCUAUUAGAAAGAAAUGUAAUCAAACUUAUGUUCAAAAUUCACUCAAAUCCAACAGUAAUAACAAUGAUGAUGAUGAUGAUGAUUGGCGUAUCGAAAUUGCUGUCCCGAAGACAACAACACACCAGCAGCAUAAUCUUUCUUUGGCUGAUCUUAACAAUGAAGAAUCUGAGGGUAGCUCGGUUACGAAAAAUUAUGAGAGAUUGAGUACUGAUGUGACAAGCUUGCAGGAUAUUGGAUAUGAAUAUGUUCAUAUGGAUGACAAACAGGAAGAAUGUUCCUCUUCAAUCUCCAAUGUUCUUUCUCAUGAUUUUGAAACCAAAAUUGUCAAAGUUUGUCAUGAAGGUGGUGGUUUGCCUAAGGCCAAGGCAACAGAAAGAGAUCAGAAAUUUGCACCUGAAAGCAAUUGUUGUGAUGAGGAACAGAUGUAUCCUAUUCCUACCAAGAUUCGGGACCGUGCUAGUCUUGAUUCAACUGUGACUGAGUCUGCUCCAAGUUCACAUUGCUGUUUGCAAAUGGUGAAUGAGAUGAAUUGUAUACGAAAUCAACUUGUGCAGAUUGAAGACAAACAAUCAAGUUUAAUGGAUCUUUUACAGGUGUUUUCAACUGGGAUAAUGGAUAGUUUGUCCAUGUUACAAUCAAGAGUGGUUGGUUUGGAAGAUGUAGUGGAUAGGCUAGCUCAAAAUAUUGUACAACGAGAAAGGGAAGAACUUUCCAAUUUAACAACCUCAAAGCUGAUAAAACAAAGCCAUGUCUUGCAUUCUCCAAGACUCUCUACCUCAUGCACUCCUAGGCCAUCAGUAGAUAGUCAAAGCAGACAGCCUUCAUUGCUGUCAGCGAAAAGCAACGAAAACUGGGGCGAAAAUGUAUUUGAAAGUAACCUUAGAAACACUUCAACUAAACGAGGAACAGAAAUGCGGGCUAAUAGUACUAAGGUAAAUUUCAGUAGGAAUCCUACUGGUAUGGACACCCAAAGAUGUCUUAGGCAAGGGACAGGGAGAAUGGGAUAUGGUCAAGUGAGAAGUGAUCCUAUUUUCGGUCCAACUUCUAGUAUUACAUCUAGAAGAACUGGUUUGGAGAAUAAAAAUAGCCUCUGGAAACGUGUGAAAGGCCUUCUGUGUGAAGGAGACCUUGAAUCUGCAUACGAGGAAGCUCUUUCUUCUCGCGACGAGCAAAUUGUAAUGGAGCUUUUUGACAUAACUGGUCCUGUGCUGGAAUGUUUAUCCUCGAAAAUGGUCAGUGAUGUGCUCAGUACUUUGGGAUCAUUUCUCCAAGAACAGAAGUUUACAACUACAUUGGUUCCUUGGUUACAGCAGGUUGUUGACUUGAGUACUGUUCAUGGACCGAAUUACCUCAUGUCGACGGUAAAAGCAAGGCAAAAGCUGUUAUCUGCGGUUCAGGAGGCUUUAAGAAUGGAAUUCUCUAAUCCUUUGGAGAAAAGAUCCAUGAAUCAGGUAGCAGCUAAGCUACACCAUGUAUGGGGAAAAUGCUCUUGAUAGAUUAAUCAAACUCAAGGUUAUGAUGAUGAACUUGCUUCUUCUUCCGCCGGAGAUGUUAUAUUAUGGGGACCGAAUCGAUUGGAUGAGUGAAAAUAGUGAAGCAAGAUGCUGUGCAAAUCUGUAUUUUUCACACUUUAUUAUGAGGGGUUCUGAGACACCUCUUUUUGUAAUUUUGUGGAUUAUUAUUAAUGUUAUUUUGUCCAAACAAAGAUGGGGGAACAUUAAAAGCUUUUUAAUUUCAUUAAUUAUGCCUUUGUUUUAAGGCUUGUUCUACAA